CGCACCAUUGAUUAGACAAAAAGAAGAGGUUCAAGUCCAAUGUUAUUCGAGUUUGUAUACUGACGCGAUAUAAAGAUACUUAUACGAAGAAGUAUAUGUCAGUAGUUUUAAUCUUUAUUAUAUAUCUAAAAGAUUAUAUUCCACGACUAAUAUUGGACAGAUUUAUUUGUAAAUGUAGUAUAUUUAGUUAAAUUAAUGAAUAAUGAAUAUAUUUAUCGUAUUUCAACUUGUAAAUCUUAACGUGAUAUGAACGUGUGAUGAUAUAGUAGAUUACAAAAAUGUAUUGUGCAUUAGGAAGAUGUUUUUGCAGAAAAGAUGCAGUAAGAGCUUUAAGUACAGGUGAAAUAUCCACUGCACUCCGACCUUUUUAUUUUACUGUUCAUCCCGAUCUUUUUGGACAAUAUCCUACACAAAGAACAGUAAAUGAAAAUUCUUUAAAACAGUUAAGUUCUAUUAUAGAAAGUUUACAACAGCAAAGACCAAUAAGACCUACUAUUUUACCUUUCUACUUACGUUCAAAAAAUGAGGAAGAACUUAAAGCUGGAAAAUUUACUUUAGUACAAAUACAAUUAAAAGAAAAGGAUAUACGACAAACUAUACUCUCUAUUUUAAAAACAUGUGAUUUGCCAACAACAUUUGUAGAUCAAAUUGAAGAACAAAAACCAACUGAUAAUGUAAAAUAUAAAUCAAAAUUCUGGCAAAGAAAAGGAGUUGGAGAAGAUAUAGAUUUUUCAGAAUUAGAAGAUGAUCCUAUUUAUGCAUCUAUUUUAAUGAAAAGAAAAAUUAAUUCAGAACCUGAUACUCUUAAAGCAUAUUUAGAUAAACACAUUAAUGAAGUACAUGUAAAAUUAGAAGCAUGUAGACCAAUAAGAGAGGAAGUACAAAAAUUAGAAAAAAUAUUAUGCUCUGAAUUAGGUUUAAAAAAUAUCAUAUGGGAUUGUGGUUGGAAUAUAGCUCAUUAUAGAGGAUGUUUAUUAGCUUUUAAAGCAUUAUCUGAACAUCAUCCUAAAUCAAUGGAAGUACUCAAAAAUAGGACACUUGUUUUUGCCAAUGAUACAGGCAUUAGUGUAGAAGGAAAUGUUAUGUUAAAUUCAGGUGAAGUUAGGCACAAUUGGCUUGAUUUAAUUAAGAAUAUUCAAAAGUACGAUGUAGUAUUAUUGAGAUUACCAGCUUUUGAGAAGGCAGUUUCACAAGUGCUUCUUAACAUUAAAGUGGGUCGACGGAAAUUCAUGCCGAAAGUAAUGGUUAGCCAGUAUGAACAACAACUACAACAACUUAUCACUACUCUCUCAGAUUACCGAGGUCGACGAAAUUAUCCAAAAGUGUGGCCAACCGAUUUGUCAACAUAUGAAAUUGUAAUUGAGACUGAAGCAGGUCCCUUAAUGCUCUCUCCUACUGGACAAUUUAUAGUUCCAUCUUCUUGCCCAAGUUUUCUCUUAGUAAAUUUUAUUACUGAUAAUUUAGAAGAAGCUACUAAAAGAUUACAUCAUUAUAACAACAUAAAAUAUGUAGAACGUGAACUUCAUAAUAAAGUUGUCCAGGAAUUGGGUUUGACUAUUCUAAAUAAGGAUGAUAGUAUUACUCCUGAUUUGAUGAUACAAUGUUGUGAACGUUUAUUAUUACAUAAAAAUACUUUGACUCCUUUGCUGAAAGAUGUUAUGUUAUGGGUGACACAUUAUUACUCAAUUAUGAGUGAUGGUGUAUUAUGUAUACCAUGGGAUUGGAAACUUUGAGUUACAAUGUAAAAUAUUUUAAAAUAUUUUCUUUGCAGUUCUUUAUCUUUAUAUCAAUUUAUAGAAUUAUAUUACGAAAUUAUAUAAAUGAAUUAUAUGAAAUUAUAUUAUGAUUAAUUAAUAAUGAUUAUUAGAUGUAAUUUUGUUAUACAUGUGAUAACAAAAUUAUAGAUAUACAUAAGAUAAGAAAUUAAUUUAGAAAACUGCACAAAGCAAAUAAUUUUUAUUAUGCUUUAUAAAAUGCAAUUAGUACUGUGAAUUUCCUUAUAAGUUAUAUGU